AGUUGGAAAAAUAUCCAACAAUAAAAUACGUCUAUCCAAUCAUCUUCUCUUGGUGUGCAUCCAUUUUCAUAGCCCCCACCUCACCCAUCACGUUAUAUACUACCAAACAUAUUAGUUAUUUGUGCUCUCUCUCUCUCUUUCUCUCUCUCUCUGAGUUUGAUAUUGUGGGGGUGUUAAGUCGUUAAUCUGAGGAGUUAAACUUGUCCGGGUGAACAUGGGCAGAAAGUGCUCACAUUGUGGAAACAUAGGCCAUAAUUCAAGGACCUGCACUUACAGAGAGACUUUUGCUGGUGGUCUUAGGCUCUUUGGAGUGCAACUCGACUUAUCAUCAUCUUCUUUUGCCUUGAAGAAAAGUUUUAGCGUGGAUUGCUUGUAUCAACCCUCAUCCUCAUCACCAACAUCACCAUCGUCUUCAUUGUCCUCAUCGAGAAUUUCCAUCGAUGAAAAUUCUGAUAAAACAACCAUUGGUUAUCUCUCUGAUGGUCUAACAUGUCGACCCCAAGAGAGGAAGAAGGGAGUUCCAUGGACAGAAGAGGAGCACAGAACAUUUCUAAUUGGGCUUGAGAAGCUAGGGAAGGGUGAUUGGAGGGGCAUCUCUAGAAACUAUGUGACAACAAGAACCCCAACCCAAGUUGCGAGUCAUGCUCAAAAGUAUUUUCUUCGACAAGCAAGCCUUAACAAGAAGAAGAGACGUUCAAGUCUUUUCGACCUGGUUGGAAGCAGCAGCAAAAUGUUAGGUCAUCCUGCAAGUAGUACUAAUUCCAAGCCAAGUGAUGCAGUUCCUGCUGAAUAUUGCAAAACAAGUAGCUCUCAACAUGAUACUACUCUGCCACUGCUAGGCCAUAGUUCCUCGCAACAAGAUGCUAAAUCAGAUAACCAAGAAACCGAAGAUCCUCAAUUACCUUCAAGCAGUACGGCUAAUGUGCCUGUUUGGUUAUAUGGAUUGGUUGAUUCCCAGCUCAAAACUUCACAUGCAGCAAAACCCAGUUCCUCAAAUGCAUCACCUAAUCUAGAGCUCACACUCGCAGCACCGAGGCCUUUGGAACAAAAUAAAUCAUCCCCAGCUCCCCUUCUUUUUGGGCCUAUUACUGUUACAUGAACUUUCAUGGACAUAAACCCAUAGAAAUGUCACCCUUAAGCAGGAGAGCACUUUGUAACAUGUUAUUCACGGUAUUACUAGUGUAGUUGGAAUAUCUUAAUGGGAAAUCUAUCCCUUUUUUUUCUUUUUCUUUUUCUCUUAUCUGAAUAAAUAGAUCUAUUUUGAUAUCAGUAUGAAAGUAGUGAAAAAUCCUUGCUA